UACAAAUCUGGUAAAACAAGUAAUUUAAUACUUAAAACGUCUAACACAGUGCAGAGGAUAAAGCGUGUCGUCCAGACAAGCUAUUUCUUCUUAAAAGGGCACGCCUCAACUUAUUCCGGAGAACUUGGUGGACAGGACACGACGAGAAGACUACUGGAGAUGUCGGAUGUGGAAAGCUGCUGGGAUAGAAUUAAGGAAAAUGUUAACAGUACUCCGACGAUGGUGUUCUCCGUCAUUGGUGAUUCAGACAGCUUUGUCCCCAGACCCUGGGCCAAAACAGUAUUCCAGACAGCACUGAUUGAGGCAGCUAAAAGCGGAGGGGAAUCGUGGAUAUUGUACCGAGGUCAUCCCGAUGGCGUGUCCGAUGUAAUACGGGACGCUUAUAGAAACUAUGGGGACAUGGAAUUUGGUGGCAAAGUCAAGAAGGGUGAUGAUGCAAAUAUUGCCAAGACGUCAAUCAGGCAUGUUGAGCGACAUGUGAAACUCAUUAGGAUUGCUGGGGAUACGAAGGAGGACAAUAAAGUGACACCAGAAUAUAGAGACACUUUGGGUGAAGGAGAGGAAUCUUUGUUGAAGUUUGAAAAGUUUGUUUCUGAACAAGAAGUAUCAUUCUUCAAUAAAACCAUGAAUUUCAGAAUGCCUGUUCCGAUAGCAAUCAUUGUAUGCGAAGGCGAUAUCGAAACCAUUGCACACGUAUCCAAGGCACUGGAAUGGAAACUCCCAGUGGUCAUAAUUAAAGGGUCAGGAAAAGCUGCAGAUUUAAUACUGGACUACAUGGAGAAUCCAGCACUACUGGGGAAGAAAGCUAGUCUGUUGUUUGGAAUACGCUUUGACGACGAGAACUUCACGAUAUUGAAGGAAUACCUACAGGCAAUUGAAAAAAAAGAAGAUUUGAUUGGUGUAUUUGAUGUGGACAAUGAUGACCCAUUGAUGCUGUCCAACAUUGUUGGUGAAGCUGUCGUCAGUUGCUGGGCCAUGGAGAAAAUUCUUACUGAAGAUCCUGGGAAUUCUUCAAAUGGAAAUCAGCACAAUAGAGAGUUUUCUGGUUUUAAAAAGAAUGACAUUGCAAUCACUGGCUAUCCAGUAAUCAAGAAAGUAGUAAGUAGAAAUUCGGUAGAACCUAAGGACAUGAACAAGCUGUUGAAGGGCUACAAGAAGGAGUCUAGAGCCUAUGUACUGAACCCGAAGUACACGUCCCCUACGUCACUUCCUCUUUACUUUUACUUCGGCUAUCAACUUCUUCAGGAAUGGAAACUUUUAAAGGAAGGUGGUCAGAUUCUACUGUUUGAAGCACUGAAAGCUAAUCGCUGUGAUUAUGUGAGGGUUUUAUUGGAUCACGGAGUAGAUUUUAACCUUUUCAACCUACAAAAAUUAUAUGUCCAGACUGUGUCUUGUAAGGACUGUGAAAGCAAAGACAAGGACUGUCUCCACAUGGAGUGGAUUUUGAAGGAAAUCCACGAGGUUCACACCAAGAAAUUGUGUGAUAAAGACCAACUAUAUGAGAACAAAGAAGUCCAAAAUGCAGCUCAAGGUUUAUGUCGAAAGAUUUUGAGAUAUAAAGGUGGAAAACAGUCAAUACAUGUCGACAUUUCUGAUAUCUUGCUUUGGGCGAUAUUUGCCAACAGAAGAGAACUAGCCGAGAUUUGCUGGCUUCGAAGCGACAAUCAUCUAUUGACAGGUUUAGUAUGCUCAGCUCUCCUACAGAAGUUAGCUAACAAAGCAAAUAAUGUGAAAGAACAGAUUCUAUCAAACGAGUUGGAGGAACAUUCAAAAUUGUUUGAGCAUCGCUGUAUAGCAAUGAUGGACCGCAUGUACGAAGAAAACACGAAGCACGCCAUUGAUCUGAUGGACCACGACCUCUCGGUCUGGGGAAUGAAAUCCAGUCCUUUAACCUUUGCAUAUGAAAACUUCAUGUAUGACGUAGUGGCACACACGUGUUCUCAGAAGAAUAUCAAUAAACAGUGGUACAACAAUCUCGCACCGGACCUAGUGCCAUUUUUAAAAUCAGCGUUUCGAAGACCCAAGGAGUUUUUUACAGCACCACUGACAAAAUACAUUUACAACUACAUGAUGUUCUUUUCUAUGUUAGUGAUGUACAGUGCUUUUGUACUGACCAGCAUAAGUACUAAGUAUUACGUUCAGGACAUUGCUAGAAUCUUUGAAUACUACGUGUAUUUCUGGGGUGCGGGCGAUUUCAUUGAGGAAUUAUUCAGCUGUUUUGGGUGCUUGGAAUCAGAGAAUCAUUCACAUCGUAGUUACUACUCCCGGAUGAAGAGAUACCUUUAUGACUUCUGGAACGUGGUGGAUCUUUUGUCCUACGUCUUACUAAUUACAGCGUUGUUUGUGCGUCACAUGUAUCCCUCCGAAACCUUUACCAUUGCCAGGAGAAUGUUUUCCCUAUCGCUUCUUGUCAUGUAUCUGAGAUUUCUUGAAGUUUUUCUCAUCCACAGGAGAUUGGGACCCACACUUAUUAUGAUCAAGGAAAUGUUGAAAGACUUGUUUGGUUUCCUGUUCGUGGCGGUCUUCAUUGUGAUAGGUGUCGGAAUUUAUUACCAUGCAAACCUCUGGCCGGAUCAUCAGGGCAUGUGGAAUGGCGAUUGGACAAACUGGAGAAUUUGGAAAAUUAUUUACUACCCCUAUUUCCAACUCUAUGGAGAGUUAUUCAAUGAUUUUUUGGAGGGCAAAGACCCAUCAGACUGUUCUAACAUCACUUCGGUGUGGCAGUCCGAUCCUUCCAUUGAACGUUGUCCUCAAGAAGACUGGACAGUGUUGGGCGUUUCAGCAAUUUACAUGUUAUUUUCUAAUCUUCUGUUGGUCAACCUCGUUAUUGCCAUGUUCAGCUACACAUUUGAAAGAGUUCAAGAAAACUCUGAGAAAUUAUGGAGGUUUCAGAGAUACACCGUCAUCAAUGAUUACGAUUGGAGGAUCCCUUCUCCUUUCAACUUUAUAUUCCUUCUGUAUCGCCUCUGCUGCUGCCCUCAAAGGGACAAAUGUUGCCUCCGUAUGUGCAGAAAAUGCUGCUUCCCUGAAAUAGUAAAAAUGGAACGUAAGGAAAAGAAAGCAGCCGAGAUAUUUCGUAGAAACUUCCAAAGGAUAACAGCAUUCAGAAUAUUAGAUAAACUGUAGAGAAGAAGUGAAUAUUCGUAUUGCAAUGAUACGAGGAUGGAAUUAACUUUGAAAUGUUUCGGAAUUGACGUUAGAGAAAAACGUAAAAUUUAUGAUAGUUGUUUUGAGUGUGUAAAAUUUCAUCCCAUUCAUGCUACAAUAGCAUUGUGAAUGAAUUCCAUAAAACAAACACAGACGUUGUGAGAAAUCCUAUAAAUGUAUAUGUCUAGAAUUGUAUAUCAUUUACAAAUUAUCUAAUGCUUUAUAUUGUUUCUGAUAAUGAUGAAUCCGUUUGACUAAUAUUGCAUAGAUUGGUAAAACCAUCGCACUUUCUUUUUCGUUACAUGAUUUACAUUGUAUACCGAUACGUAUAAUAAGACAUGUCUUGAAAUUUAAAAAAAUAAACAUGAAGAGUGCUUAAUAAAAAUUGAAUCUAUA